UGUAUACGAAACGGCGCCCAAACAUCGCAAAUGAAUCCGCCGCUGCUCGGCAGAUUGCAGUGUGUACACAAUAAUAAUACACUCACAUACACGAGAGCGCACACGAUCGCUGCUACGGAGUUGCAAAAAAGGAAAGAAAAAAAAUCAGCCGGAAAAUUGCAUAUGUCGCGGUGGUGGUCGUCGUCGUCGUCGCGUCGUUGCAUCAAUACGCGUCGAAUCGAGCUCGAUAAUUACACCGAGGGGCUAUUUUUAUUUAUCAUCGUGUCGUAUUCAUUACAGCGACGAAUGCGUGCGUGUAAGGUAUAAGUGCUGUGAGAUGUUGUGGUGUUGUGGGAAUGCGAGGAGCAGCAACAUUCGAAAUCGACGCUUUUUUGCGUAGCAGAGUUGCAACGGGGCCGCAGCGGCACGCAGUGCACACACGCAGCACGGUCUCUCGUGUGUCCUCCUCUUCCCCCGAGGAAUGAUCAAGUUCAAGUUAUACUGACGACUCGAUAGCUGAUUGGAUGAGACUCCGACGUGUAAAUCCAAGAGCACUGCAUUAUGAAUACUUGUGAUGAAAGAAUAUGAAGAGCAGCUGCAUAGACAAAGAGGAUUUGCCUAGGAGACAUGCUUCAGUUAAUGAUAAUGAUUCAGAUGCAGCUGGGAGCACCAGAACACCUAUCGGUGCCAAUCAAUAUGAACAACCUUGGGAACAACAGAAAAAAUGCAUAGAACAGACUGCAGCUGAUAUUCCAGAUAAAAAGUUGAAUAAAACUGGCUUGAAAAGUUUAGAAGAAUUUUUUUUGCAACACUCCAUAAAACCCUGCCCAUUUACAUUUCUUACUGCAGUCAAAAAUAAGAUUUCGUUGAGUGGAAACAGCCAAAUUUAUCAACCAGUAAAUAAACCCAAUCAAUUUAAGGAUAAAGAAAAGAUGGAUUUAAUAAAACCUUUAAAAGUGCCAGAUAUGAAAAUUUCACCUAAAGUUGAUUAUUCUUCUCGGGAGAGUUUGUUAUCUAGUGAGGAGUUUUCAAAAAAAAUUGAAGCUAUUCAGAAAGAUGAAAUUGCUAUGAAGUCUUCUGACAGGGUGCCUAACAGAAAACUUGAAUUUUCUUCUUCCAGUUCUGCAUCUAUGUUUAAUUAUGAUAAUGUGGAGCCCAUGAAGGUGCCAGAAUUUGUAACAAAUAAAAAAAAGGAUCUUUCUAGAGAUAGUUCGAGAGAAAAAGAAAAUCGAACUAAAAAAGCAAAAAAAGAUGAUCAUCCUGAUCUAUCAGCAUGGUCGAUGAAUCAAAGACAUGUAUCUAGGAAAGAAAUAGCUCAUUCGGUAAUUAGUAGAAAAUUAAAAAAUGAUCUGGCUGCAACACAUGUAUCUAAAGAUAAAGAUGACACUUUGCAAAAAAAAUCAAAACUCAAAAAUUCAUCUUUAUCUGCAAUAAAAAAUGAUGAUGAAAAGUUUCCCAAAAAUUCUAAUGCUGUAACAAAAACAAAAAGGGAAUAUAAAGUCUCAGAUUCCAAAAGUGGAACUUCUAAUAGUGACUCAUUGUAUUCAAUUGACAAAGGCAAGAAGUUACAUGACAAAAUUUUAAUUCGAGAAGGAUACAAAGCUAUGAUUUCUGUGGUUGAUGAUCAUAAAUUUAAGGACGAUAGUCAAAUUUCCACUGCCAAAACCUCAGAUGAAUCGAGAUUUAAAUCACAUUCAGAAACAAGAGCAUCGAAGCAGCAAAAUAAAACAAAUUUGAAACCAAUUGAUAUAUUAUCACGUGACUCCACAAAAAAACUAAUUGAAAGGCAAAAAUCAAAUAAAAUUGAUUCAAAACAUUCCUCAGAAAUAAGUGAAGAUCUCAUCACUGCUGCCACAUCAAAUAAUAGUGCUAAAAUAAGUCAUACCUCAGAAACUUCAAAAUUUAAACAUUUUGAAAAAUCUCAAAUGAUCAACAGUCGCAAUAAUGAUGAGUCCAAGUACAGUGAAAAUUUGUCUACAACAGUCUCAUCUCAUCUUAAUUCGAGUAAUAUAGAGACUAAAAUUUCUCAUGAUUCUUCGCUAUCGGACAAACUCAUGGAUCCUACCAGGAUAUCUUUCAGAGAAGACAAUUAUAACUCCAAUCAGCCUGAGUUCGCUGGUCUCGUUACUCCAGAUGUCAAUCUAAUGAUUCGUUCAAAAAGAAGAAAAGCGUAUCAAAGUCGGGAACACGAUGGAGAGCGAAAUGAUUUAAAAUCAAUUAAUACAAAGGCUAGUCAAGAGGCCGAAGAUUCUCACUUGUUGCAACUAAAGACCGAAAUGAAUCUAUUAGAUUCAUUCAACGAAUCGUUGCGCCAUGCGAUCGAUGACAGAAUACGUCCAUCUAUUGAUCACAAAGAAACCGAUACCAAAAAAGUUGAAUCUGAUUCUAAUGAAAUUAAAGAAGACAGCAGUAAUAAAUCCCAAAGACCCAAAGUCGUUGAAGUUCAAACACAGACGGUCAAUGAUAUGGGAACGCAAACCGAAAACACGUCGCUGUCACAAACAAAUAUCAGCAACAGCUUAAUUUAUUCUUUCAAUGCCAGCGAAAUUCCUCAUACGUCUAUCAACGCUGAGGAUCGGUAUGAGAGUAUGGAUCGAGUUGAGGAUAUGUCUAUGCCAAAUAGAAUGAGGGCAAUGUCGGAAAUUAGUUUGCACGAAACUACGUCGUCCAUAAAAACCGAAACUGGUACGGAGAUCAGCAUUUCGACGAGAGGUGUCACUUACUCGUUCAACAAACAUCUAGAUCUCGAGAUGGCGCAGUUAAUUAAAGACGAAAAGCAGCGUUACGAUAAAAUCGAAAUGCUCUUUAAAUCGCGCGAAAAGUCCUUGAACGAUCGCACCAAGAAGCUGGUCAAGCUGGAAGAGCAGAAACGAGCUCUGAGAGAUACUGGCCAGGACAGUCGUGUUAGUUCGGUUAAAAAGAAACAACGUGCGCUGUUGCUCAAACUACAGCAAGAAAAAGAUGAGAUGAACAGGCUGAAAGAACUGCACAAAAUCGCUAGUCAAGAGAGAAAGCUCAUGUUGCAAAAGCAGCGUGAUAUGUUCAAUCCUGAAAUGUCAACUAAAAACAUAUUGAACAAGCUGAAACGCAGCGCUGACAGUCACUCGCCGAGGAAAAUUUCAGGACCCAUGAAAGGAUACGAUAUCCGCAGUAACUCAUCCAUUAGUUCGCUCGUCGAUUCCGACAAAUCAAUGCUAGAUCGCUCCAACAUCGAUUUCAAAUUGAAUCUGUCGGACGUCGCUUUCAAUAAAGAUGAUUCGGUUCUAUCGAAGCUCGAUUUGGAUCAGUCUUUAAAACACUGUCUGCAAGGUAACGACAGUAUUGAUAAAAAGUUAUCAAAACUCGAAGCCAGUAAAUUACACAAAGAGCUGGCUGCAUCUAAAGCAAAGUAUGAUGCAAAAACACGCAAAUUCGAAGAAAAAAUGCCGAAAAACGAGCAGUUGAAGCUCAAGUCUCCUCAACACGAUUUUGAUGCAUCGUUAAAUCAGAGCGCAACGGCGAUUGUUGAUCCGUCGAAAAGCAAUAAUAACCAGGAUAAUUUCACUCAAGAGGAAUCAAUUUCGGAUCGAAGCAAGUCCCAGUCAGAUGCGUUCGUCGAAGAUUUUUCUCAGAUAUGGAAAUCACAAUUCCCCGGCAUUCCACCAGAGUCAAUAAACUUACUUGACCACUCUGAGUCAUUGGAAAUUCUCCAAGUUCUUCAAAAAGUGUCAUCCAAAAAAGCAGACAAAGAGUGUUUGAAACGAAUACAUCAGUAUCAUGCCAUACUCGAGGCCAAGCUCAACAAGCGAAAACCGUCCAGGUUGUCGAAAGCUAAAUUAUCCGAAUCUCUCAUUCAAAAUGAAAAUGAACUGCAGCAGAACUCGGAUGGAUCUUGUCAGUACAGCAAAGGUCCGCGUGAUUUUCAGCAACAUCAAUACUCCGACGAAUAUCAAAAUUCUCUGCUAGAGGAAUUAGAUUUUAAUGAUAGUCAAAGCUCGUUGCAAGCCUUGCUGCGCCAUUCUAAUUUGUUGAAGGAACGCAAUCACCAACUAUUGCAAGACUUGGUCGACGAGAGAAAUCUCGCGAACCCCGACAGUCCGGUACAGUCGCACAGGGACGACGAAGAGCUCGGCAAAAUUGGUAACACGUCGGCCAGAUCGCAGCUGAGCUUGACCAUUUCGCAUCAAAGUUCUAACGACAGUGAUCGAAGCUACUCGAGAUCGGUUGUUAUAAGAUCGCAGGAAGAUCAUCAUCACCAUCAUCAUCACCAGCAACACUCGGGCUUGAAAACUUCAAAGAAAUUAGAACAGAUCUUGAGAGCACGCGAGGCGACUCUGGUAUCCCGUCGCAAUUGCGUCGACGAGUGGAUGGCAUGGCAUGCUAGACUACGGGACGAGGAGCAUCGGGUAGCACGCAUGGAACAGGCUGCUUUCAAGCUCGUUUCGGCAACAUCUCACGCUUUAAAUCACAAUGAAACCACAAUAUCAUCCGACACAAGCGAUGUGGAAGGAAGAAUCGAAUUGCUCACACAAAAACUGGCCGAUCGUCGUGUUGAAAUGGCUCGGCUCAAAAAAGAGGCUCGUAAACAAGCUAAGCAAAGGCUGAGGACACUCGAGGCAAAUUUGUUGACACAAAUAAAGAAAUACGAUGUUACCAUUCAUGAGAUGCGCAAAAAAUUGGAACAAAAGAAGGUCAAAGAUAGCGAAAAAUUAGCUAUUGAAUCCAAAAUAGUGGGAGACUUCAAAGUACCUGAAAUACCAAUUAAAAAAAUACAAGAGAUUUACAAAAAUAGCGAUUUACUCAAGUCGAAAUCUGACUUGGAUGUUAUAUCGGAUAGACUUAACAAAGUCGAUGGAGCGAAAGUGAAAUCAAGUAGCGACGUAUUGAAAUUAAAAAUUCCACCGCUAUACGACGAAGAACGCGAAUCUUCAGAAAAAUCGUACAAAAGUAAAUCUAAUUCCGAAGAAGUCUUCACACAAAAAAAUAUUAUUAAUGAUGUUAGAAGAUCAUCGUCGCAAAGCAGUAAUAUUUCUGAGGAUAUACCCAGCGAAAUUCAAUCUGUUAAGUCGCAAUCGGAAUCAAUAUUAACAGCCAAAACGUCGGAGGCUGCAUCUUCACGCGUCUCUGAAAUGUCUAAAGAUGAAAAUAAAGAAUCUAUAAUAGAAGAAUUGGUGCCGCUCGACGACUCGUCAAUAAUAUUUUCAAAAAAAUUAGAUAACAUUCACAUAAAUAAUAAGGAAUUAAAUGAUGAUAUUCAUACGUUGGAAAAUGAUUUCAAAGAACUCACAGAAAUGAUGUCAAAUUUCAGUAAAAAGUCGGAUACCAAAAAUAAAUCAAGCAAGAGCAGAAAAUUAUCCGUCGCAAGCGAUAAGAGCACAUUAAAAGACAUUUCCGAAGCUUUAACUGCUUCGGGUUCAAACGAAAAAAGUCACACUGACAGUGACCUGCAGCAAAGAAUUAAAAAAAUAAUGAAGGAUGUUGUUCCAGAAACAGAAGAGUUGGUGACUUCUAUAGAGGAAUUGAAUAAGAAAGAAAAAUCGUUAGAAAUUCCUGUCGAACUCGAUAAUACCAUUGCCUCUGAACAUAUAAAUAAGAUUCCCGAAAAAAAUGCUACCGAGGUACCUUCACAAAAGACUGAGUCUUUGUCUAGCGUUGAUGAGUUGAUCGAAAGAGCACUUGAUACUCCUACCGAAAGUAUAUCAUCUGCGGUAGAUGAUCAACAAGAUAGUAUAGUUGAGUCGUUUAGUGGAUCUCAGCUUAUUCAGCUUAAAUUAUCCAAAUUACCUGGUGAUUCAAUUUAUAGUCAUAUUGAUGACUCAAAAUCGGAAAAAAUUGAUGGUGCUCAAGUAGAUCAAGAAUCGUUCUCUUCAAAACAUGAAAAAUCAGGAUCAGUUUUAGAGUCCAAAGAAAAAUCUGAAUUACAAAUACAAACGGCUAUGGAUGAAAUUCCUACUGAAAUACAUACAUCAAUGACUCAAGAAAUCACUGAAAACCAAGUAUCCUUUGGUGAAAAUGAUGAAAUCGAAAAUAAAUCAUCAGAAAGUAAAGUUGAAUCGUCAGAAAAUAAAAGUCCAACGUUGCAGGAACUAUGCAAUUCAAUUAGCGAAAAAUUGAGUGAUAAAGAAGAAGAUGAGGAAUCGGAUGAACCUCCGAGUAAAAGAGCGUCACCAAUAGGUCAAGAAGACAGAGACAGUGAAAUCUCUAUAGCUAAAAAUUCCAUUUCAGAGAACAAUUGGACUUUAUCUGAUUCAUUUGAGGUUCAUGGUUUUAAGGAGCCUAAUGAUUCUAAACAAGCUCAUGAACCAGAGGAAAAAUUACCAGAGGUACCUCAACCCAAUGAGCAAGUCGAGCAAAAACCAACCGCAGUGACAACUUCAUACGUUCCUCAAAAUCUCAUUAGUGCAAUGGACGAUUCGCAUUAUUUCAUGCCUAAAGGCGAAUCGACCAAUAUCCACGACACGUUUGUUCUCAAAUUAGAUGAUUCAACCGAUACAAGGAUAGGAAUAUGCUCCGCCGAAUUUAACGACAUUUUGGAGAUCAUUGAACGUGAAACUAAAUUGGAUGGCGCUGAUUUGAUGGCUGAACCUGUGGCUAUCAUCGAUCCUCUGCUUUUAUCUAUGCAAGCAGAUAUGCUUAGCCAGGUAAUGCCAGCAGCCAAUUAUAUGGAAUUUGCUCCGAUUCAGACUGCUGUUAUCACUGAAGAACCAAGUGUAAUUGAAGAGAUAGAAGCACAAAAAGAAGCUCAAAACAAUGACAGUAUUGUAGAAGAUUUGUCUAAUCACAAUUCCUUGAGCGACAAAGAUGCUGAUUUUCCCCAAAUUGAAAUCGGAACUAAAAUUGAAAUCGUUGAUGCCAUUCAGACGCCUUUGGUAGAAGAAGAUGUUAUAAGCAAACACGAAGAUGCAAAAGAUUUCAGUGAAGAGGAUCGUAGAAGUUCCGAUGGCGAACAAUUAGAUAAUUUGAUUGAAGUUGCCGAAGGUCAGCUCGAUACAUUCGAAAAGAUAACAGAAAAUAAAAAGAAUGAAAUAAAUUCCACAAAUCUUAAAAAUCAAAUGAAUAUCACUACGAAUCACACACUCGAAGUCAUCAAAGACCCCGGUUACGAAGAUAUAUCAGAGGAAAGUUUAGAAGUAUCCGAUAUUUUGGAUAAAUCUGGUUCAAAAACUAAUCAACGUCCGAAAAAGUACAACAACAUCCCAGAGAAGUAUGUUAUCAGAUCAAAGUCCGAUGAAGUUUUGCGCAUACUAGAUGAGCUAUCUGUUAAGAAUCGGGAUGCUCAACUAAACGACAAGAACAACGCUUUAAACAAAAUUGAAGAAAAGGAUGAGGUUGCUAAAUCAAUUGCACCACCAACGUCGCCCGAUAAGACUGAGGAAAGCUUAGCUGUAGAUUCGCUCGAGGAAAAAGUAAAGGAGAAACUUAUGGAAAUCGAGGACAAAAGACAGAGCAGCGAUGAGCAACAGAAUCAAGAGGAUUCGUUAAAAGUUCCUUCCGAGCAAAGUGACUUGGAUACACCAACCGGUAUUUCUGACAUCGAUGUUGAUUCACCAAGGGAUCAAAAUGAAAACUCGAGACUUGACAUCGAUGCUUUGGACGACGAUUUGCUAAGUGACAAUUCUAUUAUUAAAAAGAAUGAGGCAAAGACUGAAUUUCGCACGACGCCUGUUGGCGUCUCAUCUGAGAAGGAUAUAGAGGCAAUGAUUGACAAGCUAAGAGCUUCCUUGGAUCAACCUGGCUUGGAAGUAGCAGAACUCGAAGCUAAACUGCUGCAGAUAGAAAAUCUUCAAAUUGAGCUUGAGAUCAAAAAAUUAGAAGCGGAAGAAGUAGAAGUAUCGUACUACGUGAGAGAAAUUCCUAAUAAGCCGCCACCCCCAUAUACACCUCCUGGUGUAGUUCGAAUUUCUGGAACACAUGCCUCACCAUCGCCACCACCUUUAGUUAUACCAUCCAACAUCGAUGAGCUCGUCGCCAUAACAGAACGAGCAACUUCUUUUCUUCAUGAUGCUCGUAAGCGUGGCGAAGAUAUAAAUCAGCUCAGUGCCCCGAGUGAAAUUUGUGAAUUAUUUGGCGAUUCAAUCAGCGACGAACUGUUCAAGCGGGAUCGACGAGUGUACAAUAGCUUUCUAUUUGAUUUGUGUAAAGAAUUAGUUGUUGAAAUGUACCGUCCCGAGCACGAAACGCCAGGCCCAACGUGGACGAAACCUAGUGUUAAAAGCAAACCAGUUCUGAAACUGCCGAAAUCAUUAGACGAACUGAAUGAGUAUGUGGCCAAAGAAGCAGCGACAUUAUUUGGAUUCAAGACCAAGCUCCAGCGAGAAAAUAUGGUCAUGAGAUGGAGUAGAAAGAGGAGAGACAGGGUCGACGAGUUAUUGGCCAAAGAAGCACAGGCUGAGGAGAAGGAAUGGACAAAAUUUCAUCACGACGAACUGGACGUGAAAAAUGAAUUAACGAGCACGAUUUUCGAUUCGUUGAUUAUGGACACGGUGAGUUGCAUUAAGGCAGCCUACGCUAAAAAGUAUAAACUUUCGAAAACGUAAAAUACGGUUCAAAUAGUUUUAUGUAAAUAGUCAGUAAAAUACGAUUUUUUAUGCGCGAUCUGUGUUAGUAACGCGUAGUUUAAAGUAUUUGUAACUGAUAUGCGCGUGAGUGAUGCUGAUUUACAAUAUGUAUAUUUUUGAAUAAUAUGUAUUAUAAAUAUAAGCAUAGAAUGUGUUAUUGAUUAUAAGUGAACGCAAAUUCGUGGAGCUCUAUAAAUUUUAAUAUGUUAUGAUGACGUGCGACUAUACAAGAGUAACUAAAUGAACAUCAAAUUGUUUGUUGAUAAAAAAUUUUAGUUUUCCAUAAGGAAAGUGAAUUUUGAAAAUGCAAAAUUUGAUUAUUAAUAAUAUACAAUUUUGUUAUGUUUUAUUAUCGUAUGUGAGUAUGUUAAAAAUUAGCACAAGUGCCGAUUAAAAUAAUAAAAAUUUAGUUCAUAUUAUAUUUGAGAUAAAGAAAACGGUAAAAUGUACAGUUUUACACGUAGUAAUCUGUACGACAGACGAAUGUAGAUAUUUUUAAAAUCUAUGAUUUUGUACUUUAAUUAUACAAAUAAUUUCCAUAUUUACUUGGAAAUAAAAGACUUGAAACAUAAUAAAAGCA